GUGACCCUGUGCUCCAACACGGUGAUGGAGUUCUACCGGAGAUUGCUGGUGGACCUGGAGGGUAUUGGCAAGGGAGUGGCAGCCCUGAUCAUCACAGCCAGAUGUCUCGUUCCUGAGCUCCAAGUGUCCUCCCCAGUGCUGCUGUGUGAUGAGUGCCACCUGAAGGUGCCUUAUGAGAGGAAGAUCCUCAUUAGGAAUCCCAGCCACCUUCCUGGCUGCUACGGGCUUAUUCCCCAGAAACGCAAGGAGGACUCUGCUGUGCUCUACUCCAGCCCCAAGCCCUGUGGGAUUGUGCAGCCCCAGAGCACAGCAGAGAUCCCAGUUGUGGUGGCAGUGCAGGCCCUGGGCACUCAUCGCACCGACGUUCUCAUCGGCGUGUUCGGGGAUGAGAGAAACUCCCUGAGAGCACAAUUACGGAGCUCAGGACGGCUGGCAGAAAUCUCCCCAAGCCCAAGGCUGGCAGAGCUUGGCAGGAUCCCAGCACCACAGCCUGUAGAUGAGCUCCACCCACCUAAAUUCAAACCCCAGCCACCGAAGGAGAGGAGAACCAGUCUGGAUUGCCCAGGAACUCGAUGGAGGCACUUCAGGACUGGACAGGAGGAGGCAGCUAGAGCCCUGUCCAGCUUGGUCUACCUGCUCAUUGUUUUGGUGCUCCUCAUUGGCCCUAGUCUUGGGUACAUGGGCAUCUACAUGGCAGACUUUCACAGGUAG